AUGGCUAAAGUGGUUAAAACUGACGACGAAUGGCGUCAGGAGCUCAGCCCGGAAGAGUUUGAGAUAACUCGACGUGCUGGUACGGAACGCGCCUUUACCGGUGUGUAUAACGACACUAAAACUCCCGGGCUGUACAACUGUAGAUGUUGUGACACGCCGUUGUUCGAUUCGGCCACCAAGUACGAUUCAGGCAGUGGCUGGCCAAGUUUUUAUGCACCCAUCGAUGGUGACGUUGUUACCACCCAUGAAGACGUCAGUAUGGGCAUGCGCCGUAUCGAAGUGAACUGUGCCACGUGUGAUGCCCAUCUGGGCCAUGUCUUUCCAGAUGGCCCUGAACCUACCGGGACACCGGAUAAAACCGCCUACAUAAUUGCUGAAACUGGCGAAGUGGUAACUUACGCAGAGUUAGAAGCCAAAGCCAAUCAGGCCGCGCACCUGUUCCGCUCGCUGGGUCUGCAGCGUGGCGACCACAUCGCGUUGCUGCUUGAAAAUCACGUCAGUUUUUACCAGAUCUGCUGGGCUGCGCAACGGGCGGGCUUGUAUUACACAGCCAUCAGCUGGCGAUUGCAGCCGGCGGAAGUGGAGUACAUCGUCAGCAACUGCGAAGCAAAAGUAUUCAUUACUUCGGCGGCGCGCAAAGAUGUUGCACAACCGUUGAUAGAAGCCUUGCCGGACCUGCAGGCGCGUUACAUGCUCGAUGGCACGAUUGCAGGCUUUGAGUCUUUUGAAGAGGCAAUUGCCAGUCAGCCAACCACACCUAUUGCUGACCAGAGCGAAGGUGCAUCGAUGUUGUAUUCCUCGGGUACCACAGGUUACCCAAAAGGCGUCAAAAGGCCGCUCCCGGAAGAACCCUACGGCACCGUGGAAGGGUUGCCGGUGAUGACGGCAUUGUAUGGCGCAACCCAGGAUUCUAUUUACCUGUCACCCGCGCCGCUUUAUCACGCUGCGCCUCUGGGCUUCACCAUGACGUGUCUACGCAACGGCAUACCGGUGGUUGUCAUGCAGCAUUUUGAAGCAGAGUACGCGUUAGAGUGUAUUGAAACUUAUAAAAUCACCCACAGUCAGUGGGUGCCGACCAUGUUUGUACGCAUGUUAAAGCUGCCUGAAGAAGUGCGGUUGAAAUAUGACGUUUCGUCACUGCAAUGCGCCAUCCACGCCGCGGCACCCUGUCCCAUCCCUAUCAAGGAACGCAUGAUUGAAUGGUGGGGGCCGGUGAUCUAUGAAUAUUAUGCCGGUACUGAAGGUAACGGUUUUGUACAACUGAACUCUGAAGAGUGGUUGGCGCACAAAGGCUCCGUAGGUAAACCGCUGAAUUGCGAAAUUCAUGUUUGUGACGAUGAGGGCAACGAUGUCCCUGCAGGAGAAUCGGGCACGAUCUACUUCGCCGGGGGCGGAGAGUUUGAGUACUACAAAGACAAAGAUAAAACGGCUGAUUCGAGACACACAAAAGGUUGGAGCACGUUAGGCGACGUAGGCUAUCUGGACGAAGAUGGCUAUCUGUACCUCACCGAUCGCAAACAUUUCAUGAUCAUUUCUGGCGGCGUUAACAUCUAUCCGCAGGAAGCGGAGAACGUGUUGAUCAAUCACGACAAGGUGAUCGACGUAGCCGUAUUUGGGGUACCGAACCCGGACUUCGGAGAAGAGGUGAAAGCGGUGGUGCAGCUGGCUGAUAUGAACGAAGCCAGCGCCGUGCUGGAAAUUGAACUAAUGGACUACUGUCGUGACCAUCUGUCUCACGUGAAGUGUCCUCGAAGCAUUGAUUUUCGGCCGGAGUUACCGCGGCAUCCGACCGGUAAACUGUAUAAGCGGUUACUGAAAGACGAGUAUUGGGCGGCUGCAGGCAAGUAG